AUGUCAGCCCUGCUAACAGUUAAUCAAGGCUACACACUACUCGAAAGAGCUAACUUAGGUAUCCAACGCUGGCCUAAGAAGAGUGGUUCCUAUAUGAUCACACUGGCACAAGUCUCCCCCUCACAAAUCUACAGCAAGACCGUCGAGCUCGACUCUUUAUGCAAGAGGCACGGUCUUAGUUUCGAGUAUUUCAGCAAAGAUAGACUUCUUGUGUUUCGCAAGAUGCCAAGCCCAGUGCAUGAAUGCGUUCAGGCUUGGUUGGAGUGUGAGAUUAGGCGUAUGAAGGAUUUGGGCUUCGUCAAGGACAGACAUUGGUAUCGUCGGAUUACCCGUAACUAUUCUAUGGAAUUUGUCGAUUUCCAAGGUGUCCACGAGGGAUCUCGCAAGGCCCCUGAUGCGUCCAUUCAAACUCUUGGUGUCACCUUGCCAAACUUCGUCGUGGAGGUGGCAUUCUCAGAGACUGCUGAGCACGCCAGGAGAAAGGCUGAUUUCUGGCUGGAAUCUUCGAGCAUAUGCCAAGUUGUCGUGUUGAUGAUUAUCAAUGAGACGGCACCUCUGAUUCGUGGGACAAACGGUGUUGAAAACAUUGUUCCGCGGGGUAAUUUAGAGGAUCCAGAGGACGAUUAUUGGGUCGGUGAUCUUGGCAUCUCAAUAGAAGUCAUCCAGAGAGAUGAGAAUGGCUAUGGGACAUAUACCGACCAAAAUAUCGUGUAUAAUCCCUUUAUAUUGCACUAG